AUGUCUGUGCCUCCUGGCGCAGCAGUAGUAGAAUUCAAGGUGGACCAAGGCGUGGUAGGUUUCUUGAUUGGCAAGGGCGGCGAGACCUUGCGAAGCAUGGAAGUCAGCAGUACUGCCACGAUCAAGAUCGACCAAACCUCCAAGGAUAUGGGCUACAGCAUGGUGCGCAUCACUGGCUCGGAGCAGGCCGUGGCUGUGGCCAAGGCUUUGCUCGACGGCCGCAUCAACGAGAAGCGGACCGUCACCAGUCGACGCACCGUGACGGGGCACACAGGGGAGGCGACUUUCCCACAUGACACCGGCAACGGUGCCGUGGGCUGGGAGACUCAGAUCGAGCAGUCAGCUGUGGGCUUUUUCAUCGGCAAGCAGGGUGAGUACAUUAAGCGGAUACAGGCGCAGACGGGCGCCACAGUGGUCAUAGACCAAGAGACAAAGGAUUACGGGUACAGCAUGAUCCGGAUCAUGGAUGGGCCCGGCUUGAGAGAAGCCUCUGAGAUGGUCAAGUACAGGCUGGAGCAGGUGAAAGAGGCAGCGGUCCAGCGCGCGCCGGCGGGGGAGUACGAGGAGCUCUCGGUCCCGCAAGGCCAAGUGGGUGCGAUCAUCGGGCGCGGUGGUGAGACCUUGAGGCAGAUCAAAGCGGAGAGCGGGGCGAUCAUCGUGUUGAGCCAGGAAACGAAAGGCCAAGGCUUCAGCACCGUGCGCUUCGCAGGGACCGAUGAACAAGUCCUCAAAGCCAAAGACUUGGUUCAGAUACGGCUUGCUGAAAGAGAGCAAACCCUCAACCAAAGCUGGAAUGGCUAUGGAGGAGGAAGCGGAGGCGGAGGCGUUGGAGGCUGGGGAGGCAAAGGCGACUGGCUAGGGCCCGGCUUAGGUGAUGACUGGGGCUUUGAUACUGGGUGUAACUCGAGUUCUGGCCUCGGCAAUGACUUGGGUCAGGGCUUCUCAGAGCCUUCCGGUAUGCCACCGGCCCUGGGUGCACCGCUGGGUGCACCGGGUAUGCAGCCGGGCUUGGGCCCACCGGGCGGCCCGCCAGGACCACCCGGUUUGCAGCUGGGUCCACCUCCCAUGCUGGGACAGCCUUUAGGCACACUGAAUGCACCGCCUCCUUUAGGGCAGCCUUUAGGGCAACCUUUAGGGCAGCCUCUAGGGCAUUCUUUGCAACCAAUCCAACAACCCAUGCAACUUCAACCAUUCCAAUCCCCGCCCAACUUUCCACUGCCCCCUCCUCCCCCGCCACUGCAGCCGCUGCAGCCACUGCCAAUUCAACAGCAAUUGGUGCUUCAGCCUGUUGCGCUACAAGCUCAGCCGCAACUUCAUCUCGGUGCUUACCAGAUGCCUUAG